AUGCUGUGCCGGUAUGACCGCCGUAGUGAUAUCAAGACAGGACGACUUCACGACUUCGAGGCGGGACUUCCAGAAGGAUUUCGGGAGAAAUUGCCAGAGGAUUAUGACCAUUGGACCAAGCGAGAACUAGAUCGAAUUGCGGAAUUACGAGCAUUAUUCGCUGGAAAAACAAGGAACCUCCCUGAUAUUGUUGAAUUGAAGAAGCUAAAGAUAGCCCGGAAAGAAAACUCCAUCAAUUCUCGUCAUGCAAACUUAAAUUUGAACGAAGUUUGGAAAGAUAAACUGAAGAAAGAGCAAGCAGAACUGCAGCGAGAUUGCGAAGCUUUCGGAAACAAACCAGCGAAGGCGACACAGGUCAGAAAAGACCUCGAGACAAACGGCCAGAAGAUUCGCGGAGCCAAAAAUAAAGAUAGAAUCCUGAAUAAGAUGGUAGCAAAGUGGGAGUCUCCUGGUGAUUUGAUUGCUGAAGUAGAGCAAGAUGUUCCGGAUGACUCUGGACAUGGUAUAGGAUCAAUUAAGAAGCCUGGCUUCCUGCGUAAGGCCGAUAUCAACCGGCCUGAGAAUUCAGAUGUCCCUGCCCCUUCUGGUGGAUCAAAGCAGUUGACUGGGAUCCGUCGUAUCUUUCUACCUAAUGCGAAGGUUAUUGAAGAUAAAAACGGUCCGAGAAAGGGCCCAACUCCAUUCAGUAUGUGUUUGAGGCAAGCUGCGAAAGUUUACGAGGCAAUGGAUCUUGAACCGGACAUUAAAUUAGUACACAGUCAAUUGCAUGAAAGCCCGCCUUUCCAUCCACUCCGUACGCUUGAUCAGUCCUACUACUUCAAGCUUGAGAAUACAGAAUCUUGGGACAGGGAUCAGGUUGUUUAUCGUGCCACAAACGAACGGACAAAUAUGCACGGAAGUUCCCGCGUAGUGAUGGUCGAUCAGCUAUGGAUGUACAUUCUUGACGAGCGUGGGUUACCCUUUUGGAACAGUAUUCUUUCUUUGUUACAGGAUUACAUUAUUGAUAACCACAUAUCAGAUACCAUCAUUAUUAGCUUUCCAAAAAGGCUUGGUCGUAACAAGCCCGACUCUUCUGCUGUGAAUAAAUGUAUUAGAAACCGACUCGAAAAAAUCCGUCAAAGCAAGAUCAAUUCAGUGUAUGAUCUAGCUCUUUUGGUCAUAAAUGAGUGUUCGGUGGUAUUUUUCGAUCACACAAAGCCUACUGACGAACGUCCCGAAGUUUUGGAUACGUUUACCAAUGCGAUUAGUUAUGUUUCGGGAAUGAAAACGACCGCAUUCGAGCUAUUCUAG